GCGCUGCUGGCGACGAGGUCGGCGACGAAAAGUUUGUUGGCCUCCGGUCAGCACCUGGCCUCUCGCGCGAUGAUUAGAUUAAUUAGAUUGUACGGUUAAGAUCUAGUCUAGUUUGUAGGAAACGACCGGGUUACACCUGUUGUUGUUAUUAUGGCUUCCCUGGUCGCGGAUUACGGGACCUCCGGCUCCGACGGCGAGACGGACGACGUUUCGAACGAUGCCUUUAAGGGUACGGAGGAGUUUGCGUCGGAGAAGGAGGAGGACGAAGAAGAGGAAGAGGAUAGUAAGGAGGAGAACGACAGGGAUAACGUUGGACACGUGAGAAUAACUGAAACGACAGCUUCCAAAGAAAAGCUUCCAUUGCCCACGCCAGACUUCAACAGCGCACCUACACUACUGAGGACAUCAGUAUUCCUGAAUCCAUUUGUCGAGGCAGAGCGGGCAAAGAGCGCAAUCCUGGAGAAGCACGUAAAGAUGACGCCAACACUGGAUGACACAAAGAUGAUUAACGGACGCAAGAUUUGCUGGAACUAUCGAAAGGGCCGCUGCCGUUUUGGCCAUAAUUGCACCUUUGCCCACGACUCCGAUUUACAUCGUAGCGCGGCUGAACUGGAAGCCCUGCGGACGCCACAAGAGACGCUGGUCUGUCAGACUCGAUAUAACGGACAACAGCAACAUCAACAGAUACAGCAGAUAUUGCCAUCCAUAAAUGAUGAUGAGAACGAGGUAGAUCAGGAGAAUAAUCAGACGGCGAACAGAAAGCGUAAAAAGAGGCCUGGCCUGUGCCAACUGUUGCUUCCGAGUAAAAAAGUCUACAAGCAGUUCAAAGCACAACAACAGCAGCAACAGCAAACCAAAACUAGAUGAACGCUAUCUCUUUAUUUGGUAUUGUAGUAGGAGAUAACAUUGUCUUCUAGCUGAGUUGUUAACCUAUACUUUUUUUACGAAUUGGAAAGUACGCGCACUGAGCAAUUUUCUGUGCAAGGUAAUAUUAAAUAGAUUUUGUGGAGGCUUUUAAUGAACAAAAAGAAUAAUGAAAAAAUUUUUUUGGAAAGAAUAAUUAGAAGAAAUUUUAGAAAAAAAUUUAUGUAAACAAAAAUUAUUGAAGUAAAAAAGAUUAUUGUGAACAAUUUUAAAUUUUGCUCGUAUUCGUUUUUAAGAAUUAAAUUUAAAAGGUUUUUUUAUCGCAAAGUGGAAGCCAUUAGUGUACAGCAACAAGAUCUCGUGUAUCUUACUUAGAAUUUAGAUUAACAUUUAAUUAAAAACAGUUGCGCGCACACAAAAUCAUAGCUAUAUAAAGGAAAACGAAGAAAUUUCGACUUAUGCUUCCAAUACGAACAAACGUGCGAUGUGUAGGAUAGAAACUUUGUUUGAGAAACUUUUAUCUUGUAUAAAUUUGUAGAAUAUCCAAUACAUUUACAAAAAUGUAUUUACGCAUAUGCAGUCUUUUUAAGAUUCGUCUUGUAAUGCAACAAGCAUAGAAAAUGUCUUCUCAUUAGUUUGUUUUCCCAUUUAGUUCAUUACUAGCUAAUUCUUUAUUAAAUAAUAAUUUACUUGAUUACAUUAUUCGUUCAUUCGAGAAUAUCAAAUAACAUUCUAGAAUGGAAUUCAUACACAGAGUGUAUAUUGCAAUGAUACAUGAAAAUAUUUGACGAAUUUGGAGAGUAUAUUCUGUUUUCCACAUUCUUUUCAAAUAGGAAGAAAUAUUCUGUGUUUACCUGACAACAAUACUUCCAUGCGUUUCUGUGAAUUUAGGAUUAAUCCAAGUGUAAUCGCUUGAUUACAUCCCUCCCUUUUUUAGACAAACAUUUAUUUUAUAUUUUCUUGUACUGAUUGAUCGAUAAGACAAAUUCGAUACUCCGAGUUAGAUGUAAUUACAAUACCUGUAGAUAUUGCGAAUAAUGAAGAAGUUCAUUUACCAAUACAUUAAUCUUUCUAACGAGAAAAUAACUAUGAUAAUAAAGGGAGAGAAAAUAGAAGGAUCAUUGACAAACUGAGUGUUUACUCAUCUGUAUCCACUCUAAGUGAUUAAACAGUGUUUUACUAACUACAUGUUACUUAUCUGUUGAAAAAGAGAAACAUAACAAGUAAUGAUAUAUUAAAAUAGAAGAAGCAGUGAAUAUCUAAGAAUUUAUCUAAACUAUUGUGACUCAAAAGAGGCUCUUCGGGGAUUUCCGAGAAUUUCUAAAAGGUUGCCAAUAAAUGAUUCAGCUGUGCUGAAACAAUAUCUUGUCUUAA